AUGUCGCUCUCAAUCGAAGCGGUCUUGGAAAUCGUUGGUCUUAGCCUGGCCUUACGAAUAGCAUUUGUGAUCACCAUACCCUUAUACAACAGCGUGGUUCGGCCACGACUACCGCCAGCGGUGGCCUACACUUUGGCAACACUGCAAUACUGCGGGAGUCAAUUGAAUGGAAUUACCGAAAGCGGAAUUCCGAACCAGACGGAACGCCUGCUGGAAGACGACUUGGCAGAGAGUGCUUUACCUGCAAAUGGCUUGCCUGACGGCGGCUUUCCACAGUCACAGCGCUUCCACGCUCUCGCUCGCGAAGUGAUCGUUCGAGAAUACGAGACCGCACAAACAAGCGCUUGGUGA